AUGGACGCGCAAUACGAUCAAGCUAGCUUCCUGCUUUAUCUGGCCAUCUUUGUGCACAAGCUCACGUUCGUGCUCCAUUGGGCGCAGAAUUACCUGAAGGUUGUAGCCUGCGGUCAGCGGUCUGCAGGAGCAGGAGGUGGUGGUGGUGGAGGAGGAGGCGGUGGUGGUGGUGAAGAAAGAUCGGCUGUAACCAGCGCGGCAUCUGUCGUAUCGUCUACCCCGAAAGCGCCCGACAGCGGCGACAUGCGUGAGAUGGCCCAUGCACUAUCACUACCGGCGCCAAUUGAUAUACCGGACAACAAGCAGAAGGAUGACGAUCUGGCAUGCAUGUCCGCAGAAUACUUUCACAUCGAGGAGAACCGGUUACGCACGUUUGCCCGCUGGCCGGUAUCGUUCAUCAGCUCGAGCGUGCUCGCCCGGUACGGGUUUUACUACGUCGGCACGGACGACACGGUAAAGUGUUACUUCUGCCGGGUGGAGAUCGGGUUGUGGGAACCGCAGGACGAUGUGAUACAGGAGCAUCUGCGCUGGUCACCGUUCUGUCCGCUGCUGAAGAAACGCCCAACGAACAAUGUGCCGCUGAACGUGAACUACCUCGAUGCGGUACCGGAACCGAGCUACGAUACCUGCGGCAUUAGCGUGCGACAGCAUUCAUACGCCGAGAAUGCUAACGAGCGGGCACACAUUGAUCUGGACCGCUUAUCCGGUGACUCGUGGAGUGGAGCGAGCGACAUUAGCAUCAGCAGCAGCGGCAGCAGUGGCAAUGGUCCUGCUGAGAUGGAACCGAUGUCCGGUGUGGGUGGCAACGGCGGUAUGGGAGCUAAUGGACUGCAGCAAGAUCGGGCGUCGAUGACGGCGGCCGAAUGGAAUAAUGGUGUGCUGAUGGGUGAACACAGCCUAAUGCGUCGUCCGGAGUAUCCGAACUACGCGAUCGAAGCCGACCGGCUGAAGACGUACGAGGAUUGGCCAACGUCACUGAAGCAGAAGCCGCAACAGUUGAGCGAUGCCGGCUUUUUCUACACCGGCAAAAGCGACCGGGUGAAGUGCUUCAGCUGUGGCGGUGGCCUGAAGGACUGGGAGCAGGACGAUGAGCCGUGGGAGCAGCAUGCCAUCUGGUACAGCAACUGCCACUAUCUGCAGCUAAUGAAGGGUCGCGAAUUCAUUCAACAGUGCAACGAGAAGAAGGAUGCGGCCGCCGCUAACAAUGGCACCUCGUCGUCGAUGUCGUCCGCUUCCUCGCAACCGUCAACGUCCGGCAUCAGCUCGGCGUCGUCGUCGGUUAUGAGCACCUCGCCCGCUUCGUCCAGCGGUUUCAGCUCGCCCACACCGGCCGCGGACGAGGAGCGCACGCUGCGCUGCAGUGACCACUUUUCGUCCGGCAGUGAUGAGGGUGAGGAUGACGCAGGCAACAACCGGAAGGUACCGUCGGACGGUAAGAUCUGUAAGAUCUGUUUCGUCAACGAGUACAACACCGCGUUCAUGCCGUGCGGACAUGUGGUGGCCUGCGCUAAGUGCGCCUCGUCCGUCAACAAAUGUCCGCUCUGUCAGCAACCGUUCAUAAAUGUGCUACGGCUGUACCUGUCGUAA